AUGCACGGGCUUCUCUCUAGGAAGGGGCGCGCGGAUACAGGUCCACGGAUGGCUCAGUUGGGAGCGGUUGUGGCUGUGGCUACCAGUUUCUUUUGUGCAGCUCUCUUCUCAGCCGUGCACAAGAUAGAGGAGGGGCAUAUUGGGGUGUAUUACAGAGGCGGUGCCCUGCUGACUUCCACCAGCGGCCCUGGUUUCCAUCUCAUGCUCCCUUUCAUCACAUCAUAUAAGUCUGUGCAGACCACGCUGCAGACAGAUGAGGUGAAGAAUGUACCUUGUGGGACUAGUGGUGGUGUGAUGAUCUACUUUGACAGAAUUGAAGUGGUGAACUUCCUGGUCCCAAGUGCAGUAUAUGAUAUAGUGAAGAACUAUACUGCCGACUAUGACAAGGCCCUCAUCUUCAACAAGAUCCACCAUGAACUGAACCAGUUCUGCAGUGUGCAUACACUUCAGGAGGUCUACAUUGAGCUCUUUGAUCAAAUUGAUGAAAACCUCAAACUGGCUUUGCAACAGGACCUGACCUCCAUGGCCCCUGGGCUUGUCAUCCAAGCUGUGCGGGUGACAAAGCCCAAUAUACCUGAGACGAUCCGCAGAAACUACGAGCUGAUGGAAAGUGAGAAGACAAAGCUGCUCAUUGCAGCCCAGAAACAGAAGGUGGUGGAAAAAGAAGCUGAGACAGAGCGGAAGAAGGCGCUCAUUGAGGCAGAAAAGGUGGCUCAGGUUGCAGAAAUCACCUAUGGACAGAAGGUUAUGGAGAAGGAAACUGAGAAGAAGAUUUCAGAAAUUGAAGACGCUGCGUUUCUGGCACGGGAGAAGGCAAAGGCUGAUGCUGAGUGCUAUACUGCUAUGAAAAUGGCCGAAGCAAAUAAGCUGAAGCUAACCCCUGAAUAUCUGCAGCUGAUGAAGUACAAGGCCAUUGCUUCCAACAGCAAGAUUUACUUUGGCAAAGACAUCCCUAACAUGUUCGUGGACUCUGCAGGUAGUCUGGGCAAGCAGUUUGAGAACCUCGCUGACAAGCUGAGUUUUGGCUUAGAAGAUGAACCCUUGGAGGCAGACCCGGAGGAGAAUUGA